AAGUACGAUUAAAAUACAAUUCUGUGAGUGUUACAAGUUCGCGUGCAGUAUGAGCUAAUCUGAUAAAAACUCUUUCGAGCCCUUAUUUAUAAGAACAAUUAGACUUAGCUUUUUUUCUACUUUUUGAUUAGUUGUAAUUUAUAUUUAGUGUUGGUGUAAGCUAUAGUGAUGGCAGGUGUAAAAAGAGUGUCGUUAACGAUGCAACAGCGACUGGACGUUCUCAAGGAUCUAGAGACAUCUUCCAUCGCAACUGUCGCUGCAAAAUAUAGUGUGUACUACACCACUGUUCGUCGUAUAAAACAAAAAGCGGCGGAGAUUACUGAAUUUGAAGACCAAGAUUCCAAGGCAAAGCGACGACAGAGGGUCAGAAAACCAAUGUUCGAGGAAUUGGAGAAACGCCUGUUGAAAUGGUUUAUAGAAAAGAGAACUGUAGGAGACUACAUAUCAGACGCGCUGCUAAUAGAAAAAGCAACCGAAUUGAAAGAGGAGUUUGGAGCCCCUUCCCAAUUUAAAGUGAGCAAGGGAUGGCUCGCAAAAUUUAAAAGACGCAACAACAUCAGAUUAGUUCGUGUAUACGGUGAAAAAGCCAGUGCCGAUGAAGAUGGAGCACGUCAAUUUGUGGCUGACUUCCAAACUUUCAUGGACGACGAAGAAAUAAAUCCUGAAAACGUAUACAACAUGGAUGAAAGUGCACUGCUGUGGAAGGCUUUGCCACUGAAAACUCUGGUGAGUGCAACGGAAAAGUGUGUAAAUGGCCAUAAAAUGAAAAAAGAAAGACUCACGAUAGGACUGUGCGCCAAUGCAACCGGAACACAUAAACUUAUGCCCUUUUUAAUUUAUAAAUAUAAACAGCCAAGGGCAUUAAAACAUUUUAUGAAUCGACUUCCGGUAGUGUUUCGGGCUCAAGCUAAUGCAUGGAUGAGCCAAACUUUAUUCUUAGAUUGGGUGGAUAAUUGUUUUAAAAAGUCUGCUAGACAAUAUCAAUUAGAAAAUUGAUUAUGCGGAAAAGUUGUGUUAAUAAUUGACAAUUGUGCGAG